GAUCUUUACAACCCUUGUGGAGAAAAAUAAAAUACGGGAAUAUAUCACAAUAAACAAAACAAACAUUUAUUUUUAAAGAAAAAAAUAUUAAAACAGUUAAUAAAUGGAUUUAUAUGAUGAUAUUGACACAAAACCCAAAGCCUCUCAAAUCGAUGGCUGGUCUUCGGGUAUUAAAAUGUUGCAAACUCAAUUGGCCAUAAAAAAGGCUACUACAAAGGAACAGCCGAAGAAACCGUUAAUGACACCAGUAGUCAAUUUAAAGGCAAAGAAAAUACAAACACCUGAGGAGAUAACUGUUUCCAGAUCGUCGUCAGACACAAAGCCCAUUAUCAAGGCCCAACCAUUGGUGCCCUCAUUAGAGAACAUAAAAACUGAUGAUUGGGAUUUUGUUGAUGAAUAUGAUCCAGCAUGGCCAAAUGAAUAUGAAAAACUGAAGGAGAAACGCAAUAGUCUUAAGGAUAGAAAUCGCAAUGAAGACCGUGAUAGAGGACGCGGUCGGGAGCAGGGUGAUAGGGAUCGUAAACGUAAUCGACGAAAUUCACGUAAUAGGGAUUCACCGCCAGUUAAAUUUAGUGGUUUUGGUCAGCGAAUAACCGACGAAGAUCGUUAUAGUCCACCCACUACAACAGGAGGGCAGGCGAAAGGUGGUGUCGCCAUUGCUCCACCUCCCUCAUUGCAGGAAAUUUCAAUUGCAAAUGAGGGCGAUCCAUCGUCGAAUGUAACUAUACCCUAUUCUGCUAGUUCAGUUGCGGCCAAAAUUAUGGCCAAAUAUGGUUUCAAAGAUGGUCAAGGUUUGGGCAAGCAAGAGCAGGGUAUGUCCAUGGCUUUGCAAGUGGAAAAGACUUCCAAGCGUGGCGGACGCAUUAUACAUGAACGUGAUGUAUUCUUGCCUCCGCCAACGCCAUCUGCAGCAGGGAGUGGUAGCCCUGUUGCAUCUAGUCCAAUUGCUAACAUGGCUCCUCCAGCGGCACCACCACCAUCAGCAAAUGAUUCCAAUUCAAAUCCAAGUAUUACUGAGAUAAUGAAAACACCCAGUAAAGUUGUUUUAUUGAGGAACAUGGUGGGCCCAGGAGAUGUGGACGAUGAACUAGAGCCAGAAGUGAAAGAUGAAUGCAACACCAAAUAUGGAGAAGUGGUCAAAGUUUUAAUACAUGAAGCAUUUGGGACAACUCCAGAGGAUGCAGUCAAGAUAUUUGUGGAAUUUAAGCGUAUGGAAAGUGCCAUUAAAGCUGUGGUAGAUCUUAAUGGCCGUUUCUUUGGUGGACGUCAAGUACGAGCUGGAUUUUACGAUUUCGAUAAAUUCCAAAAUUUAGAAUUGAGCUAAGUAAUAAAUUGCCAAAUAAGAAAUUAUGUACACAA